AUAAAUAUCUCAUGUGAUGGCCGGUAUUCUUUAUUCUUCUCAUUAAUUACUUUAAGAUUCACUUCAACUACUUUUGGUAUGUUUUACAACCCUUUUUAAGCCCCGAUUAAGGUAUCGUUUGGUAACCCUUUCGUUUUCCCAGAAGUCGAUUUCUCUCUAGUGGGACACUUUAUUCUUAGAAAUAUAAAUGAAGAAGAUGAUGAUCAAAGAAGCCUGUGAGGAUACAAGGCUAGAACUAACGUUAUGUCCUCCAGGAGAUGGCUUGUAUUCCAUUGGUACUGGUCAUGCCACCGGUUGUCCACCCAAGAUCCUCAUGUCAAAAAGCUCAAACAAAAGAGUUGCACAGCCACAGGCAGUGGUGGGGUGGCCACCAGUGAGGACAUCAAGGAAGAACAUUAUGACAUCUAGCAACUCCACCAAGGUGAUGUCUUUGCCGCUAAAAGUAACAGCAGAUGGAAGUGGUGAUAAGAAAAUCGAAAACAGUUUGUACGUUAAGAUUAAUAUGGAUGGAGUUGCUAUUGGAAGAAAGGUUGAUCUUAAAGCUUAUGAUACUUACCAAAAACUCUCAUCAGCUGUGGAUGAGCUCUUUGGAGGAUUGUUGGCAGCUCAAGGAGACUCUUCUUCUGGGACAUCAAAAAAGCAAAUAGAUUUAUCGGCCGGAUUACUGGACGGAACCGGCGAGUACACCUUAGUUUACGAGGAUAAUGAAGGAGAUAGAAUCCUUGUUGGUGACGUCCCAUGGGACAUGUUUAUAUCUUCGGCAAAGAGGCUUCGUGUGUUGAGGACUUCUGAAUUAUCGGUUAUUCGUCAGCGGGAUAAUUAACGACAAGUCAUCGUUAUCAAUAACUUGAUCAUUUUAAAGUAUCUUGAUUUCGUUAGAUAAAAUUUAAGUUACAUCGUAAACGUUGUGCAAAUGGUCGAAAAUAAAAUAAAAUUGAGCUUUUUAAUGUUUGAUGUGUGUGUGAUAUUAAUUUUGGGUGUUAUCAACAUGUGUACAAUUUGUAUAAAGGACAAGCUAGCAUCUCAAGUAUUUGUACAUUUAGAUGACUUCAA